AUGGGGGCCUUCAGCAUGUUCAAACUCGACUUCAAAGCCCAUAAAUGGGCCCUUCUCUUUUGCGCCGUCUCCGCGAUCGGCGCUCUGGUCUAUGGCUACGAUAACACGUACUACAACGGCGUGCUUGCCAUGCAGGAAUUCAAAAACGACUAUGGAAACCACUACGAAGACGGCGCUAAAGCCCUGGCUGUGGACUUUUCCUCUCUGACUGCGUCUUCGAUUUAUAUCGGCGACUUGCUGGGUGCCCUCAUAUCCGCGCCUAUCAAUGACCGCUUCGGGCGAAAGGUUGUUUUUUGGUUUGCUUCGGUCUGUAUUCUAGCCGGUGGCAUCACACAGGUGGCCGAUACGCAUUAUGAGGGGGUUAUCGUGCUUGGUCGGAUCCUGAUCGGUCUGGGCGUCGGGCAGUUCACGGUGACAUCUCUCCUGUAUAUGGGAGAAGUAGCGCCAGUGGAGAUUCGUGGACCGGCGCUCAUGUCGUUUCAGUUUCUGCAGUCGAUCAGCCAACUCGUUGCAUCAGGUAUCACCCAGGGCACUGAGAGUAUCAAAUCGUCCUUGUCCUACAAGCUUCCCAUGGGCGGUCUCAUCAUAUUACCGUUGUUCAUGUUUAUUAGUCUCCCAUUCAUCCCCGAGAGUCCUGUAUGGUAUGUCCUCAUGGGCAAGCCCGAAGCUGCAGCGCAGUCGCUCCGGAAAAUUCACAGAAGCGAUCCAACCUAUGAUCCAGCCAGCGAUAUCGCCACGUUGGAGGACAUCAAACGAAUUGAGAAUUCGCAGGCCGAGUCAUCCAGUUGGAAGGCUUUGCUUUUCAACCCUGUUGAGCGGAAGAAAGUUAUCUGGUCUGCUGGGGCCAUGUAUGCCCAGCAGAUUUGCGGCAUUUUGUUCUUUUAUGUUUAUGGUGUCGUGUUUGCGCAAGCGAUCGGCAUUUCGGAGCCGUUCACCAUCCAGCUUAUUACCAACAUCCUACAAAUAUUUGCCGUUGGAGCCUCUGUGUUGACCGGCAAUAAGGUCCGUCGUCGCAAAAAUUUGCUAGUUACAACGGGAAUGAUGCUUUUUGCUUUCGUCGUUAUUGGUGGGAUUGGUACUAGAGAAUUGACCAAGACCAGCCAAUACGUGAUCGUUGUCUUCUCAUACGUCGUGAUUGUCGCAUUCAACUUUGGUCUUGGUCCUCUUGCCUACACAGUCGCUCGGGAGAUGGCUGUCGGUCCAAACCAGAACAAGAUCAUGUCAGCCUCAAUUGUUGUUUUUUACUUCAUCACAUGGCUUGUGUCUUUCACAGCUCCAUAUCUAUACUAUACGGCUGGGCUGGGACCAAUGCUUGGCUUUGUGUAUGCUGGCACGUCACUCACCUCGUUGAUCUGGGUCUGGUUUUGCGUUGGCGAGACUACGGGGAGGACGAAUCUUGAAAUAUCUAUGCUUUUUGCUGAGGGAGUGCCUGCGCGAAAUUGGCGAACUCAUGUCUUGAGCAGCCCGGAAGCCCUCAACGACGUUGAAAAGGAAAAGCACGACGCAUGUAUUGAGCAUUUAGAAAAUGAUGACACAGCGAUUUGA